UAUUGUGUUCUAAGUUAGAUAUUAAACGUAUCGUGACAACAUCGUUUAUUUAUGGAUAAAUGAAACGAAAAACUAGAUUCUUUUUCACAUAUACAAAUUGACACCAGAAAUUAAACGAAAUUAUAUCGGCAUUUUUGAAUCCUUACAAGUUAUUCGUAAUCGUCUUUAAUUAACAGAUUUGAACAGCCAAUCACACAGUGGCAACACGACACACAUCAAACUGCCUUCGGGAGUGUGCUCUCUAUACGCAAUAUUUUAUGCUGCAACAGGUGUUCUAUUGACAUAUGUAGAGAUAUUCAAUCUUAACCAAAUAAACUUGUUGAAACGUGAUAUUUAUAUCACGUUAAUUCUUGAAAGCUACCUUUAGAUACAUUAUUAUAUCUUGAUAAUUAUUCAAUUUAACUCUCCUCUUCAAUUUUGAAUCGAUGUAUAUCAAGUAUGAAUAGACAUACAGAUUCUAUCGGUGCAAAUGCACAGUGUACUCCACCAAAUUCGAAAGACAAGAAAAAUGAUAUUUUAGCUACUUAUGAUUCUCUGAUAUUUUCAAAAAAAGACAAGGACUGUUUCGAUGUCGCAGAUAUUAAACGCAAGUCUCUUGCUGUGAAGCAAGAUAUAAUAAAAUUGUCCGAUUCAGAAGAUAUGAAAGCUGUACUGCUUCGAAAGAGUCUUAAAGAUCAUCACAGCCUGAUAAAGAAUAAGAACGGAGUAAACAAUUACUGGAAACAAAUUAAAUCUCAAAUAUUGGACACAAAAAAUGAUCUAUUAAAGUCAGAAUUAUGGACGUUAGAAGAUAUAGACACUACAUUGAAUUUUAUAAAACCUUUGACUUGUCAGAAGCUCAAUACUCUACUUUGUAAAGAAAGAUCUUACAAUGAUAGGGAUAUAGAGAAACUAAUGAAUAACUCAAAGAAGAAAGACAUAGAAAGAAGUAUAAAAAUCUGUUCGCAGUUACAAACAGCUUCUACUCAGAAUUCAAGUCAAAAACUUUCAUUGAAGCCUAACACACACAGUGAACAAAAUAUAUCUAUACAUUUCACAAACAUUUCUAGAAAUUUUAAUAAGCAUGUAAGUUCCGCCAAACAGAAUGUUUCCAAAGUACAAACAAAUGGUCAAUCUUCUUAUCAGAAUUUGGACAGAUUUGUGCAAAAAGUGCCUCCUGAGUUAAGCAAUAAUAAUAUGAAUGAUAAAAGCUCGUACAGAUCAAUAAAUCCUCAUGCAUUACAAUUAAAACCAACUGUUCCUCCACAGAUUAUCAGUGAAAGCGCCAAUAUGCAAAAAAUCGAUUUUGAUUCCUCUAGAAGCGCCAAUUACGACGAAUUAUACAUCCAAGAGAUGAAGAAGAACAAGUCUGUGCCAAAGAAGGGCGGCCGAAGGAUGGCUAAUUCUCAAUUCGUCUGUCCUUUCAAAUGCGAUAAGGAAGAGUCGGCGCAAAAUUACAAUACGCUACAAGGUAAAUCGAACGAAGAAGUAGAGGAUAAAAGGCUGAAGAACAUUGAUCCAAAUAUGAUCGAGUUGAUAAAAAAUGAGAUCAUGGAUUCAAGUAAAAUGAUAACGUGGGACGACAUCCAGUCUACAUUUUUUUCAAUUUCAGCGAGCUCUCUGACUUCCAAAUGGAUCGGCGACGGCGAGAAGAUGGUACGCGCGUUAUUUGCAGUGGCCAAGGUUCACCAGCCGUCCAUCGUCUUCAUUGAUGAGAUCGAUUCGUUGUUGACACAGCGUUCGGAGACGGAGCACGAGUCCUCCAGGAAGCUAAAGACGGAAUUCCUGGUGCAGCUAGACGGCGCGGCAACAUCUGAGGAAGAUCGUAUUCUAAUCAUUGGUGCAACCAAUCGACCGCAAGAGCUGGACGAGGCGGCAAGAAGACGUCUCGUCAAAAGGUUGUAUGUUCCUUUGCCGGAACUCGAAGCGCGCAAGCAGAUAAUAAAUAAUUUAUUGAUGUCGGUGAAUCACGAUCUUAAUGAGGAAGCUAUCAUGAAAAUCGCGGAGAAAUCGGUGGGAUAUUCCAGCGCUGAUGUAACUAAUCUCUGUAAGGAAGCAAGUAUGGAACCGAUCCGGAGCAUCCCCUUCAAUCAACUUGAAGAUAUAAAAAUGGAGGAAGUGAGACACAUAACAAACAGUGAUUUUGAACAGGCGUUAAUCAACGUGCGACCCAGUGUGUCUCAGUCAGAUUUAAAGAUUUAUAUCGAAUGGAAUCGUAUUUAUGGUUCUAGCAUUGCUCAAAGUUAUAAAACGUAAUGCAAUAUGUGCAA